AUGUCGUCCGCCGACAGAGCCAACCUCCCCAAAUUCUUUAAGGCGAUGGAGUCGAUUUAUGGUCCUUUUCCGGAAUAUCUAGACCCCAGCCUUCCCAAAUGGACCCCUCCUCCGGCCGCAGAGGGCCAUCGAGGCCGUUACUUGUGGACCGAUGGAUUUGCCGUCGUCAACUUUUUGACUCUUCACAAGUUGACCGGCGAGGAACGUUACUUGACUUUGGCCGCAAACCUUGUAUCCACUGUCCAUAACAUUCUAGGUUACACCCGUGAUGGCAAAUCCAGGCUUCCUGGGGCGACCGAUGAUCGCCCACUCAACGGCGGCUUACGCAUUGGCAAGUUGGACGAGUCGGGUCCAGAUGGGGAUGGACAGUACUUCCACUACCUCACUGUGUGGAUGUUUGCACUUAAUCGUAUGACCGUUGUGACGGGCAAUGAAUGGUACAACGACCAGGCCGUGUCCAUGGCCAAGACUAUUCUUCCUCGCUUCAUGACACACAUGUCUCACAGCAGACCUCGGAUGUAUUGGAAGGUCAGCAUGGAUCUUUCUCAUCCGCUUGUCACGUCGGAAGGCAACCUCGAUCCAGUUGACGGAUAUGUGACCUACAAACUUCUUCAAGACACCAGUGGUGACCAUGCAAUCCUCCAAGACGAAAUUGCUGCAUUUCAAAAGAUAGUCGACACAAAAUGGCGCUAUUACACCUCAAGCGACACCCUGGAUCUGGGAAUGACCCUGUGGACGGCACACUGGCUCAGUUUGGAAGAGCCCUGGGCAGCUACGAUCUCUCGCCGGGCCGUCUCGUGUCUUGGCUCUCUCAUACGGGACGGUUAUUUCGACGAGCCAAUCAGUCGUAGGCUAGCAUUUCGCGAAUUCGGCACAGCUCUAGGGGCUCGCGUGGCGAUGGCUUGGAUGGAUGAAGCGGAUACAACCAACACCCAGCUCCAGGCCCUUCCGGAUCUCAUCUGCAAGACAUGGGAAGAUGCUGGCUUGGUCCCGACCCCGACGAAGCAGGUACAGGGGCGGAUGGCUGAGCUCAUGCCGAUCACUGCGGUCAUGUAUGCAUCCGCCUUGAUUCCUGGGAUGAUGUGUCGGCAGUCAUGA